CUGCAGUUCUUGAUACUGCCGGAAUUUGAUUCCCUCUGUUCCGCAAGAUCUGAUAAAACUAUUGCUUUUGCUCCUAAACUGCAUGCAUGGGGUGGACCAUCUUGCUUUGCAACAUUAGCCAAAUGUAUCGAUAUUUCCUUGUGCAGAUUGGCAGUAGCAGUGGUUGUCUUGGAUGCUACAAGAAGCCUACACUAAUUACCUCAGUAAAUGAACCAUCAAAGGGAGCAAAUAUUCAAGGUCAGACAGUAAAAACACCUAGCAUAUUAGAGGAGUUUUGGACCACCAGCACUUGUGAUAUGGACAACAGUGCAGUUCAGUCUCAGGGAAGUAUGUCAUCGAUAAGCAUGCCUAACCAGACCCUUGAUCCACAUGGCAGCUCAAGUAGUGGUAAUGCACCUUCCGAAUUUGUAAAUCAUGGUCUUCUUCUCUGGAAUCAAACAAGGCAGCGUUGGGUUGGAGAUAAAAGAUCUUUGAAUCGUGCUCAUCAGACUCCGGAACCCAAAUUAAACAUUGAUUGUCUCUGCAUGGUUAAAAACUUCUGGCUUUGCUGCAGUUGGAACGCGACAUACGACAGUUUACUUGGGAGCAACAAACCAUUCCCUCAGCCUAUUCCGCUCACUGAAAUGGUAGAUUUUCUGGUGGACAUCUGGGAGCAAGAUGGUAUGUAUGAUAAUUAGAAGAUAUACAAGAGUUGGUUAGAAUUGAAGUUUGUCUCCUUAAAUGUCAGAUUAAGCUGCUGUUGGACAAACCGAACCAGAAAAUUAUUUGUUCUCAAGGCCAUUUUUAGACAUGCCUUUGUAAUGCAUCCAAACCAAUUAAAAUCAUUCGGUUGCCAGUGCUUUCUAAUGGCAGCAAUUUUCCCUCA